UCCUUCACCGUUAUCGUUCCAACUGCAUCACUUCCCUCACUCCCAAAACCCAAAAUGAAAACCUUAAAAAUAUCUUCAAUCCGCCAUGUCCGUCUCUUCUCCACUACCAACACCACCACCAAUUCCUCUUCUUCCAUCUCUAAUCGUGUAGCUAGAUCGGAACUUCAAAGAGAGUUUGAUCCGGACAAAGCCUUAUCUAUUUACUCAUCAGUCUCCGACCACUCUACUCGGACUCGAGAUCUUACUAUUAAACGCUUAUUAAAAUCUCGUCGUUUUAGUGACAUUGAAAAACUCAUCGAAUCUCAGAAAAAGAGCCCUAAAAUUACUGAAGAACCAUUUUUAUCAACCUUGAUUAAAUCUUAUGGUCGUGCAGGAAUGUUUGAUCAUGCUCUUCGAACAUUCGAUCAAAUGGAGGAACUUGGUACACCGAGGUCAGCUCUUUCCUUUAACGCUCUUCUAAUGGCUUGCAAAGCUGAUCAGGUACCGAAAUUAUUCAAUGAAAUCUCAGAAAAAUAUAAAAUUUCUCCUGAUAAAGUUUCAUAUGGCAUUUUGGUUAGAUCCUAUUGUGAAUCUGGUUGUCCUAAAUCGGGUUUAACAGUUCUGAAAGAAAUGGAGGAAAAAAAUGUUGAAAUUACUGCAGUUACCUAUACAAUUCUAUUAGAUGCUUUUUAUAAGAAGGAAUGUAUUGAAGAAGCAGAUAAAAUUUGGAAAGAAAUGGCUGAGAAAGGUUUGCUUGAUGUUACUGCUUUCAAUGUUAGAAUAAUGCAAACUCACCUCGGGCCAACGGAAGAUGUUCUGUCGUUGAUUGAUGAAAUGAAAACUUUGGGGUUAAUUCCAGAUGCAGUUACUUAUAAUAAUUUGCUUAUUUGUUAUUGUAACCAUGGUUUGAUCGAGGAAGCUAAGAAAGUUUAUGAAAGUUUUGCGGAAAACAAAUGUGUUCCAAAUGUUGUAACGUUUACAAAUUUUAUCUAUCACCUUUGCAAGAAUGGAGAGGUUGACAAGGGUUUUGAGGUUUUCAAGGAUAGCCUGAAGAGAGACAAGCUUCCUAAUUUUACAAGUAUGAAGUAUUUGGUUCAAGGCUUGUUUGAGAAAUCGAAAUUGGAGGAAGCUAAGCAAGUGAUCGACAUUGCUAAGAAGAAAUGUCGACCGAACUUUUUAAAUGCUUGGAAGAAAAUUGAGAGGGAUCUUGGAUUGAACGGGGAGAAGCAGCCUCUUCCUGCAGAAGUGAGAAUUUUUUGAAUCUGAAUGGGUCAUAUUGACGAAGUUAUCACUAGUUACACUACUGCACAAAAGUGAUAUUAAGUGAGUUCUCGCUCGACCUUAAUUCCUUCCCAAGGAAUUUAAAUCCUUCCUUGUUUCCAACAUAUUUUUCUAUCCCAACAACAACUCUAGCAGCUCUUCAGCAUUCUUAAGUGUUGGAGGAGUAAUGGAUGUCGAUAGCAGCAGAUAUUGCUAGUCUCGCUAUGAGCUAACCAAAUAUAACGUGAUCUUGAUAUCAUUCCAUUAGUUCUGGCACUUAAACAAUCAAACACAAAAUAGGAUAUGUAUUAUUUAGUAAUCUCGCCUCUUCUCCAUGAAACCGAUUCAGAAGAUAGCCUGACUGACAGCUAUUUGAGGCAUAAAAAAAGUUCUUGCAAGAGAAGAGUACUCUGGAACAAUUUCAAUAAAUGUGGUUAUGCGUAUUAGGUAAAGGAAAGAAGGAAAUAUUGCCAUUUACUUCCCAUUUAAUGCUCUCAACGAACCAAAUAGUGAUGGAAUUCAAUUUGUGCAGUACACUGGUCUGUCUUUUCGGGAUGGCGAAGAGGUCAUCACAAAAACUUGUUCUACCACUAGAGAAUCUUUGGCUGCUUUUCAAUCACCUGUUCAUGGUCGACACAGACGCUCGAAAAGGUCGUAUCACUCUUUUCUUAUUUAUGAAUUUCUCAACCGAAGUUAUGAGUGUUCUUCUUUUGUGUGUGUUAUCUUGAAAAAACUAUGAACUGUAUCUUGUUAGUCUCUGUAAGUUAUGGAUGUCAUGUAUAAAUCUUGUCGGUUCCAUGCUUCUCCGUGUAGAGUUGUUUUCUUUUUCUGAAAGAUCAGUGUGCACAUUGAUUUUAUAAUUAUCUCAUUCGAAGUAUUGGAUGAGAUUUCACUAGGUAUGCCACUAUUUAAGUUUAGAUCAAUGUGUUAUAUUCAUCCUUGUAAUCCCUAACAAAGAGACUAAUGCUUUAAAACAAUACUUUUUCAGUUCCACAAUAGUAACAUUUUCCGAUAUAUAUAUGGGAUUGACACUCUUAGAAUAAUGGGGUUCCUGUUUCAGUUCUA